AGCUAGAACAAUGAUAAAGAUCCAUAAAACAAAACUCGGGGUGAGAUCUUUACUACAUCAUGACAGCAUGUCACUACCAAAAAGAAACUGAUUCUUCCUCUUCUUCUUUUUGAUUGUUUCCUAGCUAAACUGGGGUGUCUGUAAAGAUGUCUAACGAAACCAUCUACGUGCCUGAGUUUGUUCUGCAAUGCGCCAUUGAGAAGGACAAGAUAACCUUUACCAUCGUCGCUCUUGCCUUCAUGUACGUGGGAACGAUUCUUGGAAAUCUACUGGUAAUUGUGGUCAUAAUAUUAAACCCUCAUCUCCAGACACCCAUGUUUUACUACAUUUUCACCCUAGCAGUGAUCGAUGUGGUGAACAGCACCAACCUCAUCCCUCGAAUUCUGGCCAUCCUGGUGUUUAAUGACAACGUUGUCCCUUACGGGCCCUGCUUGUUUCAGCUGUCAAUAGUGUACCAUCUUGGGUUGACAGAAAGCUUUCUUUUCCCUGUUAUGGCGUGUGAUCGCUAUUUAGCAGUUGUGUACCCCCUAAGAUAUCCUUCCAUUGUUACAAGUAAGACAGUUGGACUCAGCAUCUUAUUUGUGAACAUAUUAGCUGCUGCAACUCUCGUCCCCUACAUGGUGUUUGCUAGAGAACUUUCGUUUUGCCGCAGUAAUGUCUUGCCCUACUGUUUCUGUGAUUUUGUUACAAUGAUUCAUAUUUCUUGUACCAGUGACCCAAGGCACCUUGCUCUCUUGUCCAGCACAACAAUCAUCACUGGUUUUGGAGGUAUGGGAAUCUGUCUCCUCUCCUACACCAGAAUUGUGCUAGCCGCCCUGAAGAUCUCCUCGGUAGAGGGCAAGAAGAAAGCUUUGAGCACAACAGUCACACACCUUCUGGUCGUCAGUCUCUUCUACAUACCUCUCAUGAUUUCUUAUAUAUUGCCAGGAUUAGGAGUGCAGGUAUCUGCUGAAGCUUACAAUGUGUUGGUCAUCAUAGCCAUUCUGGUACCCCCUAUGAUGAAUCCUAUCAUCUACAGCUUCAGGAACAAGGAGAUCAAAGGCAGCAUUUACAGGCUGUGGACAGGGAAGAGAGUAGACCCAAGCCACCAUUAAGUGGUUGGAUUCUUCACUUUGCAUAUAAUGAUUGAGUUACUGUAGAAACAGAGAAGUAAAUAAACCUGAUUGACGACUUUCAAAAUGAAGUAUAGUAUGAGAUAUGGGCAACGUAAUGAAAUUCUUGAACUCUUUUGUGUGGAAUGCAGCUGGAGUUCAAGGAAAUUAUUCAGAUUAGUGAACUGGCCAGUUAGGAUGUCAGUCAUCAGCCUUUACAUGA